AUGUCGCCGGAAGCCAGUGGGACCCCAUCCUCGUCGGCUGUAGAGCUGCAGCCUUAUCCAACAGAAGGCUCCAUCUCGAUAUCGGAGUUUCUAGCGCAGUCAGACCCUGCGAAUGCAUCAAGCCGCCCUGAGUCUCAAGGUACCAAGAACGAUGAUCCUGCGGAAUUUCUCCCGCAGCCAUCUACCACAGUGGGCGUGGUCGAACGGUGGAACCAUCCCCGCAUCAAUCUCUAUCGCACCUUUGCCACCUUUUUCGGCUUUCUGAUCAUGGGCGCGAACGAUGCUGCCUAUGGUGCCUUGAUCCCAUAUCUCGAACAUUAUUACCACCUCUCAUAUGUGGUGGUUUCACUCGUUUUCCUGUCGCCUCUAGCUGGCUACGCUGGCGCCGCUAUAUUGAACAACACCAUCCAUGUCCGUUUCGGCCAGCGGGGUGUUGCCUUUAUCGGUCCCUUCUGCCAUCUGGCCGCGUAUCUCGGGAUCGCCUUACACCCUCCGUACCCUGUGCUGGUGAUUAUCUUCAUUCUAGCAGGAUUUGGAAACGGGCUCGAGGAUGCCGCUUGGAACGCCUGGAUCGGCAACAUGGCGAAUGCCAAUGAGAUCUUAGGGUUUCUACACGGCUUUUACGGUCUAGGAGCUGUGCUCAGUCCACUUAUUGCGACAACGCUGAUCACCAAGGCUGGAUGGCCUUGGUAUGCUUUCUAUUACAUCAUGUUGGGUGGUGCGGCUAUAGAGCUGGCAACCUCUUUGGCUGCAUUCUGGCAAGCAUCAGCCACAGUCUACCGCGAAGGUACCCCGCGACAUGCUGCCGUCAAGGGAAGUAGGCUACAAGAAUCGCUUUCGAGCCGUGUUACAUGGGUGACCGCACUCUUCCUCUUAGGCUACGUUGGUGCCGAGGUUGCUCUCGGAGGCUGGAUUGUCACCUUCAUGAUCCGGGAGCGUAGCGGCGAAGCCUUCGCAUCUGGCAUGGUGGCUACGGGUUUCUGGAUGGGCAUCACGGUUGGUCGAUUCGUGCUUGGGUUUGUGACUCCAAGACUUGGCGAGAAGCUCGCCAUCACUAUAUACCUUCCUUUGACGAUGGCGCUCCAGCUGAUCUUUUGGCUCGUGCCCCAAUUCUACGUUUCCGCCAUCGCCGUGUCUCUGCAGGGCUUCUUCCUUGGCCCCCUUUUCCCUGCAGCUAUUGCCGCAUCGACGAAACUUCUUCCAGCCUACCUCCACGUAUCCGCUAUCGGCUUCGCUGCCGCGAUGGGAGGGGGCGGUGCGGCUAUAUUCCCUUUCGCUGUUGGUGCUGUGGCCCAGUCGAAGGGCGUCCAAGUCUUGCAGCCAAUCGUGUUGAUCUUACUUGUGGUGUUGUUGCUGCUGUGGCUGUCUCUGCCAAAGAUGAACAAGACGAACGAAGAAACAACUCAGGCUGAGGGAACUACUCGUUACUCGUGGACGAACUUCGAUGUCGAUCUGGUAGAUACCGGGACGAGGAUUAUCAAGAAGUCGAGGGCCAGUCUUCAGCCUACACAAAUUGCCGGAGCGAUAAGGGAAGCGAGGGAAAACAGAGCAGACAAAAAGUUUGCCAAGCAAGAGAUCAAGAAAAUUGUGAGAGAGACCCCGCCAUUCGCAGUCCUUCAAGGUGUUGAGCCUGACUCUAAUCAGCCACCGCCUUAUACGAACGUUCGGAUCGCCUACGGAUCGGCGCCUGCUCCCAGUCAGACGGAAAGAGAGCUUUAG